AUGUACAUCCGUGUGUGUGUGUGUGUGUGUGUGUGUGUGUGUGUGUGUGUGUGUGUGUGUGUGUGUGUGUGUGUGUGUGUGUGUGUGUGUGUGUGUGUGUGUAUUUUCUUUCUCAGCUCUCUCCCUCUGUUUGUCAGACUUUUUCUGUUGUCUCUCACGAUGGAUCGCGGCGGUGACCACGAGUUCACUGGCUCACGACGUGACCAUGAGGGCACUGGCUCGCGGCGUGACUAUGAGGGCAGAGACCCGCGGCUAGACUAUGAGGGCAGAGACCCACGGCUAGACCAUGACAGCAGUGGCUCGUGGCGUGACCAUGAGAGCCGUGGCUCGCGGCGUGACUAUGAAAGCAAAGACAGGCGUCGUGACUUUACAGCCAGAGACCCAAGGCGUGACUACGACGGCAGAGACCCACGGCGUGACUAUGAGCGACGAGACACCCAAAACGACCACGAGUCCAGGCGUUCACGGCGUGACGACAGGUUCAGCGAUUCGCAUUCAACGUCGUCCCAGGACCGCAACGGAAGCGGCGAUUGGAAUCAGCGACCGAGGGAUGGGAGACAGCGCCAUCGCCGCGCUGACCAUCCGCAGAGCUCGCGUGGGGGUGAGGCGGACGCUCGUGACGAGGAUCGGCGUUCGUCCCACCGUGAUGCUCAGGGCUCUCAAAGUCGCAGCUCGGCUCGCAUGGGUCGACAUUUCUUUGAUACCAAGGAGAAGGAGGAUGAUCAACAUCGUUUGAGCCAGCGUCGCAAGGCCAUCAUGAUGGGCAAGAACACGAUUGGCUACCAAAACUACCUUCGCACCAUUCCCCGGGAGAAUCGGACCUCAGAGCACCCUACAACGCCGCCACCCGAGGCCAAAUGUAGCAAGCGUGCCUUUGAUUCGUGGGUCAGAAAUUGGCGCCGUGCGCUUCACCAGUUUGACACCAUUGACCAAGACUCGGGUCCAGACUCCAACACGCCUGCACAAGAAACAUCCGCCGCCACCGAGCCGCUUGACACGGACGCAGAUGCCUAUUUGUUGCAAGGGUCAGAAGAGCUGACUUUUGAUACGUUUCAACAGGCCCUCGACCCAACACAGCGCCGCCCUACUGAUGAUCCUCAAAACGGCGCUGAGCUGUCUACGGACGCCCCUGAACCGGAUGCCGACCCUGGCCAGACCAUUGCUGGCAACGAUUUGUCCGUGAUGCAGCGUCUCCUGCAAACUGACAACGUCGAGGAUGAAGAUGACGACUUUGACAUUGAUGCUUUUUUGUAA